AUGGGGGAGUACUGGGAGGUCACGCAGGAGCUCCUGCAGGGGGCGUCGCCGCUCGUGAGGAAGCCCAAGCUCACGGAGGCGCUCCUGAAGAAGCCGCCGUUCCGGUUCCUGCACGACGUCGUCUCCGAGGUGACGCGUAACACUCGAUACGCCGACGGGCUGUUCGAGGGCGCGGAGCUCGACGCCAAGGCGAUCAAAGACAAGGACGCGAAGGUGGCGUACCUGACCAAGAUCUUCAACUGCGUCGGGAUAUCGUCCGGGGUAACGCUCCCGACGCGGCCGUUAAAGGUGGUGGCCGGGUUGGAGCCGGAGCGGACGAACGCGUUUUUGCAGGCGCUCGCGCGCGUCGCCGCGCGCGGCGAAGACGCGGACGCGGUGGCGCGAUGUCGACGCGGCGAAGUCGCCCCCGGGGGCGGCGCGCCCCCCGCCGAGAGGAAGAAGGAGGAACGUCAACCGUCACCGGCGGCGAGGGAGCGGUCGCCGUCGCCGCCGCCGCGGCGGACGGAGAGGGAGCGGUCGCCGUCGCCGUCGCCGCCGUCGCCGCCGCCGCCGUCGGUUCGCGCCGCGCCCGCGCCGCCGCCGCCGCCCGCGCACGACCCGUACGCCGGCGCGACGCCCCCGGAGUCCCCGGUCGAGGCGGCGGCGCCGGCGCGCGUCAACAGAGCGCCCGCGCGGCCGCAGUCCGCGCGUCGCGCGCCGCCGAAGCGCGCGUCCAACGUCGUCGUCGACGACGACGCGGCGGCGGCGGCGGCGACGACGACGCGGCCGCCGUCCGCCGCGACCGCGUCCGCGUCCGCGUUCGCCGCGGCGGUCAUGGGCGAGGGCGACGACGGGAUGAGCUCCGACGACGACGAGAUCGUCGUCGUCGACGAGGACAUCGUCUCGAAAGCGAGCGAGAGAAGGCUGCGGGAGGAUCGAGACGCGGGCGGCGGCGGCGGCGGCGGCGGCGGCGCGUUGGUACGAGACAUCAUCAAAGCGAAGAGAGACGGCGACGACGCCGCGGCGCGGGACCGCGACGGCGGCGGCGGCGGCGCGAAGGAGACGGGGAUCAUAUUGGGUAGUCGAAGGCGGAAGAAGACCACCGCGCCGGCGGCGGCGGAGGAGGAGCCGAGCUCGUCGUGGGCGGGCGAGCCGUCGCCGUCGUCUUCGGCGGCGGCGGCGGCGGAGACGCGCCGCCGCCGCGACGAGACGCACCCGUCGUCCUCCGCCGCCGCCGGCGGCGGCGGCGGCCGCGUCGUCGACGUCCAGAAGAUCAGAGACGCCGUCCAGGCGCUCGUGCAGUCGACGAACCCGCUCGGGAAAGCCGUCGACGCGCUCAAGGAGGACGCGGAGAGCAUGCGGAAGGAGUCGGAGUUUUGGCGGAGGGAGCGAGAGACGCACGCCAGAGCGGUGAGAGAGGCGCGCGCGGCGAAGAGCGAGACGGCGACGAAGGCGGACCGACGCGUCGAGGAGGCGGACGAGGAGAUCGCGGAGAUGCGCCGGGCGAUCGACGGCGUGAAGGCUGCGAUCGCGCGGAACGAUCAGAAGAUCGCGAAGCUGCUCGACAUGGUCGUCGCUCCCGCGUGA